AAGCCUGUGACGUCUCAGCCCGGGCGAAGUCCCGGAUGUGGAGGGGCCAAAGUUCCCCGAGGGGGCGGGGAGGCCCGAGGAGGCCCCAGGUUGACUGCCCCUGACCGCGGAGGCUCUCUCUCUCUGUGUCACUACCUCCCCGCCGCCGCCAAGGGGCACGUGGGGCGCCCCUGGACCCCCCAGCUCCUCUGUGGGGCCCCCCUGCAGGCGGCCAGGCCUCCCCGCCGCCGCGCGCUCUCCGCCAGCCCUGGGGGCGGCGCCGGAGGGGAGAGGCCGGCCACGCCCCCUGAGCCCGCCCAGGAAGGAGCCCGCGACGGAGGGAGGGAGGGAGGGAAGGAGGCGAAAACACCGCCGCCAGCGCCGCCUCCUCGCCCGCCCGCCCGCCAGGCCGCACCGCCCGCCCGCCCGCCCGCUGGGGAGGAGGAGGAGGAGGAGGCUGGGUCGCUCCGCCGCGCACGGUUGCCGGGGGGAGGAGGAGGGGGAGGCCGGGCGGCCCCGCGGAGGAGGCCGGGCGCGUCGGAGCCGAGCAGGCCGCGCCGCCUCCGCCAUCAUGUCGCGCUCGCACCGGCAGCGGCAGUACCAGUGCGGCGACCUGGUCUUCGCCAAGAUGAAGGGCUACCCGCACUGGCCCGCCCGGAUUGAUGAGAUGCCGGAAUCGGCUGUCAAGUCGGCCUCCAACAAGUACCAGGUCUUCUUCUUCGGGACGCAUGAGACGGCGUUCUUGGGCCCCAAAGACCUGUUUCCCUAUGAAGAGUGCAAGGUGAAGUUUGGCAAGGCCAACAAGCGGAAGGGCUUCAGCGAAGGCCUCUGGGAGAUCGAGAACAACCCGACGGUCAAGGCCUCGGGGUACCAGCCCACCCAGAAGAAAAGGUCCCCGGAGCAGGCAGAGGAAGCCGAAACCCCGCAGGAGCCGGAAGACCAAGGAGGCAAGAAGGGCAGCCCCGAAGGGAGCAGCGACGAGGAGGGCGCUCUGGUGAUCGACGAGCAGUCCAAGGAGAAGAACGAGAAGGCCAGCCGCAAGAGGAAAGCGGAGGAGGAGGAGGAAGAGGAGGAGGAGGAAGCAGAGGCGGCCCGGGAGGAGCAGGGCUCCUCCCCCAAACGCACCAAGGUGAUGGAGGAUGAGGAUGCAGCAGAGAAGGCGGGAAGCGAAGAUGCCCCGAAAGAGGUGGAGAAGCAGAAGAGCGGCCUCCCCAAAGAGGGCCAGGAUCAGAACAGCGCCCCCUCUGACUCGCCGGGAGCAAAGCAAGGGGGCAAGGAGAAUGCUGAGCAGGAGAUCAGAGACCACAAGAAGAGCCCGUAGCUGGCCGACGCACGCUGCUCUUCUGGCCUGAUCUCAGCCUGCUGGUUGUUCCAGUCCUAAGAGCCAGAUUUUGCCCCUCUGUCGUCUUGCUGUCUCUGCAGUCGGUGGGAGGGGAGUCGAGAUCCACCUUUCAACAUGAGACCGGUCUCAGCCUGCCGGCCUGUGUCUUGCCUGGCUGAUUUGCGGGGCCCACGUGCUUGAGUUAGAAAUUUCUAGGGGGUUGGGAGUGCUGAUUUGCCACUUUGAAAUAAAAGCAACUGAAUGCCUUUUUAAAAAAA